ACCGCAAGAGACCGACUCGCAGGCUCUGUCGGAACGCCCUUGACUUUGUAAAUUAAUUUUGAAAAUAAAACGCUCAGUAGCUCAAAUUCACGUUGAUAAAACGUCCAUUUUUCACACUGGAAUCGCCUGUUUGGCUGUGAAAUAUGUCCAAGGAAAAAGACACGGAACGACAGUAUAAACUGGUCGUCGUUGGAGGCGGUGGUGUCGGAAAAUCGGCGCUGACAAUACAGUUUAUUCAAUCCCAUUUCGUGUCCGAUUACGACCCUACGAUCGAGGAUAGCUACCGAAAACAAUGUGUUAUCGACGAACGAGUUGCACAUUUAGAUAGUAAGUGAUCUUAUUUUCCUCCUAAACUAUACUACGUGUAUACAUUUAGAUGUCUUCUAGCUAAACUAGACGCCAGAAUAAAAAUCGGGGAUAGAAUUCGAGCCAAAUUAGUCAUUUUGUUUGGCGAAUAUAUCGAGGAAUGUAGCCCAACCCCAAGCCCCGAUUGAAACGUGCCGUAAAAGGACGAAAUGUCAGCCGUGGUAGCCUUAUUUCUGUUGCUAUUUAUUGUGGGCAAAUUUUUUCCGGUAACAUUCAAAGUUAGAUACCCUAUUUUGUAUUCAUAAACUAUGUUAUUUCAUGGGCUUUUAUCGGCUGGAGAAUGCGCUCAAAAUAUAAUAUUCGCGCUCAAAAUGUUACUGGUAUUGGAUGGCUUUUUCCGCGAAUAUGGCUUGUGUUAAUAGUCGAUACCGAAACAGGGUUUCGUUUAUCUUGUUUCCUGAUCGUUUGAUCUUCCAGUCUUUCUUGGUAUUUCUACACAGUAGAAUAAGUUUUACAUCAUAAUUACAACCGUAAGCUGGGGUGGGGCCUCUGUUCUUUUCCCAAUUAGAAUUGAAUAUUUUGUUCGCGAACUUUGCUGUUCGUCUGUUUUGAAGCACCGCCAAAAGACCCGAUCUAAGAAUGCACCAAAGCAAGCCUUUUGUUCAUGACAACUCAUUUCCCGUUCUGCUUUACCCUCACAGAAUUUUGAAGUGUUAUUUUGAAUACAAAGUAGAUUUUUCGCCCAUAUUUAUAUAAUGCCCUGUGGCAAAUGGUUCUAUUUUGUAAUAUUAUGUUCCAUCGAAUGUUACAUUUUGUUCUAAACCCAUUUGGAACAAAACGUGAUGUUUUUUUCGAACAUAUUACUUGACCAGAACUUGCUAAGCCGUAUGUAAACAGUACGAAAAGCACUAAUCAAUUGAUUAACAUAAAUAAUACAAUUAUAUGUUCAUAGUCUAUCUACAGCAUAACAGAUGUCUCUUUAGGGCAUAAAUAUUUGAAGCAUUAGUGUUGUAUAUUGUGCUGUGUGAAAAAUGGCUCGCAUAUUGCAUUUCUGCAUUGAAGAAGGGUCUCUUUACGGUCCACGAACCAUCGGCCUGCGUGCCCUACUUUAUUUUCUUACCUGUCCAACGGCAGACGAUUUUACUCGUCAAGAGAGAAUGCUGGCAUUCGAUGGGGCUGGCAUUGAUAUACAAAUGAUAAUAUCACUGAUAGGUUAGCAGCACAAGCAUGUGAUAUUAAAGCUAUAAUUUCUGCCAUAAUUUCUGACUGCCUUUAAGGAAAUAGCUCGUUACUUGCAGGAAAUGACUUGUGUGCAUUGCAGACUCUUGAGACUGUGAAUGUGACAGCCAGUCCUGUGCAUAUACGUAUUCGUAUUCACUGUGGGUGAUUCCAGCUGAAGACAAAAUUUUGACCCAGGCAAGAAGAACGAAACCAUUACCAUAGCUGGAAAGAGCAUGUUAAAAUGAGUAAAUUGCAAAGUUUGGUUGCGAAUUGUUGUAAAAUGCGGAGAAUAUAGCCCUGUGAAGUUCGCAGAUUUUGUAUAUAUUUGCAGUACACACAAGAAAAAUAACCACUUUUGAGCCGAAAGUGGUUAUUUUUACCGCACGUAAUGCAAAUAUAUACAAAAUUUGCGAACUUCACAGGGCUGUAUUUUCUUCAUUUUACAACAUUUAAUGACCAAUCUUUGUGACAGUUUUACUCAUUCUAAGAUGCUCUUUCAAGCUGUGCUGUUGGAUUUCGUUCUUCUUGCCUUGAUCAAAAUUUAGUCUACAGCUGGAAUUACCAUUAAAUACGAUGUACAUAUUAACACUCUCCCCCUGACGAGUAAUAUCAUCCGACGUUAGACAGAGUAAAAUAAUAAAGUAGGGUGCAUCUGGGCACAUUGCCACUUCAAGGGUUAAUCUUUGCGCCAAACUUCCUUCGGAAAGAAGUUUGGAACAUUGACUGUAAUGGCUAGCUUUGAUAUUUAAAAUUGAGCGCCAGUGCUCUCCCGUUGACAAGUAAAAUUGUCUGGUUUUAGACAGAGUAAAAUAAUAAAAUAGGGCUCAAUUAUGUGCAAUGCAACUUCAUGUGUUAAGAAUAUAGUAGGAAGAAUAAAAUGCAGUAAUUUAGGGCACAUACAACAUAAUUCAUUAACUGAAAAUAUUUGUUUGCUUUUAGUUCUUGAUACUGCUGGACAAGAGGUUAGUAGCUUGAAAGACAAUUAAAAAAUGCAGGCCUUAAAAUAUCGGUUGGUCAUGGACGUUGUCCAACCCAUUUGUGAAAUUGUCCAAUGUAGAGAGCAAAUUGGUGUCCAACAUAAUUGUAACUUUGUCCAACGUCAAUCAAAAUGUACCCUAGUCCAGGACUAGAGGCACGUAUGUUAAAUGGAGAAUCAGAGUAAUGUAUAAAAAGUGAACUGGAAAUGUGUAAUCAAGUGCGGGGUUUUCACCGUGGGGUUCAGAAAUUCAUUGCCAAGAUUCAAAUAACUUUUUCAAAUUGUGCUGGUAUUAAUUUGUGUCUGCAUUCAUACUUAUUUCCAAGCCAAACUUGAACUCAAAGUCUUUGGGACAUCACAAUACAUAUGUCUGACCGAAACUCAAAGUCAUCGAACAUUUUGUCAGACUGUUCUGACUGACCAACAUUUUAAGGCCUGAAAAUGCGUUGCUGUUUAUUACAUCCAUAACGAUUAUUAUUUUACAAAGAUAAUUUAAUUAUUGCAUGAAAUUUCUGCAGGAAUUCAGUGCUAUGAGGGAACAGUACAUGCGAAGUGGUGAAGGAUUUUUAUUGGUAUUCUCACUAACAGAUAGGGCAAGGUAAAACAAUGUACAAAGCCUGGGAAUAAACGUCCGGUCAUGGUCAUUGACUGGUACAAAUACAUGCAAAUCAGAGUCGGUGCUUCAGAGAUUAGUCCAAAAACCAUGAGACAAAUUUUCGAAAAGACAAGACAUCUUGAGAAUUCAAUAGAUGAUUCAAAACAAGACGCAGGUCGAGACUGUAAAUUUUUGACUUUGUUUCAAAGUCAUCUUCAGACAGAAUGAAAUAUAUAUAUAUGUGUUGUAAAGUAUUGUAUUUCAUUCUGUCUGAAGAUGACUUUGAAAUAAAGUCGAAAAUUUACAGUCUCAACCUGCGUCUUGUUUUGACUCAUAUAUUGAAUUCUCAAGAUGUCUUGUCUUUUCGGAAUUUGUUUUUUACUUUACAAAUACAUGAUUUCUAGUGUUUUUACUGACAGAACUUGGAUUGUGUCCGUCACUUUGUCCAGUUUGCAUUUAUUCAGCAUUUCAACCCUAAAAAAUUCCUUCUCUUAAUAAAUCACUCAAAAUGUCCUGCCUUUUCCCCAAAUUUCCUUCCAUUUUUGAGAAAAUAUACAAAAGUAAUUGAAUUUCCCUGUUACUCAAAGUCUAGAUUUUAGCUUAAAAGCAAAUUAUAUCAAAUUAUCAGAAAACUUAUAUGUUAUUAUUUCUAUACCAUAAACCUCGGAAUAUAAAUGAGGAAGGCAGCCAACCUAAAUAUAAGCCCACUUGUUUGUCACUAUUGUUUAUCUCUACCACUAUUAAUCACUAUUAUUACUAUGCUUAACACUUGUUUAUCACUAUUACUAUACUUGUUUACCACUAUUACACUAACACAAAAGAUUGUCCAUGAAUAAGCCCUUGUAUAAGCCCAUCAAAAAUCGCUUACGAAAGAAUAUAAGCCCAGGGCUUAUAGUCAGAGGUUUACGGUAUACAGUAUUAGUAAAAUAUUAUUUCAACAAAAUUAAAAUGUUAGCAAAAGAUGCAAAUCUCUAAAUACCAUUGAACAUAUAUAUGUAACCAUAUUUGUAUCCUAUGUUUUUGACUGACAGGUAUGUUUUUUUUUUCGUGACAGGCACACAUGCAAAUUGGUGCUGGUCAUUUGAAAGGCAGGCCCCAAAAAAUUAUUUCCAGGCUUGCUUGAAAGCCUUGAAUGUACUAGUUGUGUAUGUCUGUCUGAUUACUUAGCUACCUGUCUGUAUUGGUUAUGAAGAUCUAUUAAAGAAGUUCUGCUGGAUGAAAUUGAUAGACAGAAAGGGAAAAACGUGGUUAUAAGUUAGUUCAGUGCCACAACAUUUUAAAUUAUAUUUUUCUAGAAAUACAAAAAUACAAUUUUUUUGUACACUCUGUGCUAAGUUCAUGCUCUGCUGUAGGAAGUGCAUGCGAUCGUACUUAUCUGAAAUUCUCGGCGACUAUGCCAAGCUGAUUUCGGCGUACAAUCGUUUGUCCGUACUCCUGUUUUUUAAGCCCUGAUACCCUUUUAAAAUAAAAGGUUCAUUCAUUCCUGUCUAAACUGUUUUUCUCUUUUAUAGUUUUGAUGAAAUCAAUAAAUUUUACAAUCAAAUAUUAAGAGUAAAAGACAGAGCAGAGUUCCCCAUGAUAAUCGUGGGCAACAAAUCAGAUUUAGAACGAGAAAGAGUGGUAAGAUACAGUACUUGGACUGUCUAUCCCAAAAUGAAUUUUGAAAAGUAAUAGUGUGUUUCAACAGUUCUGCACAACGACAGGACAUGGUUUUUGUAAUAGAACCAUUUUAUACUUUUAGUUGGGAAAUGCAUAAUAAUAUCCUUGAAAAAAUGUUUCUAUUUUAGUUUUAACAUGUUUGUUUAUUUACUGCUGGGUCGAAAAAUUGGGAAAACCCCAGUGUUUUUUCAAAACCCAUUCAACCGAUGUUGUUCUAUGCAAAAACCUGAAAAAAACUGUUUGAAUCUCGAGUAAUGUCGAAACAAAAUUGCCCCUUCCUCAAAAUCAACAGUUUUUACCCACAACUGCCUGUUCAAUUUCUUUGCUUAUUAUUUAACUUUUCCAUUAAAAAUUGAAAUUUAAUGUCUAGGUUUCGUCAGGAGAGGGUAAUGAAACUGGCAGACAACUGAAGGUACGAAUUUCAUCCAACUACCUUUACUGCAAAAGGAAAAUAAUCCUAAUUAAACAAAGUAAAAAGCAAAUUCCGAAAAUACAGGACAUCUUGAGAAUUCAAUAUAUAAUUCAAAACAAGACGCAGUUUGAGACUGUAGUUUCUCAAACUGCGUCUUGUUUUGAAUUAUAUAUUGAAUUCUCAAGAUGUCCUGUAUUUUCGGAAUUUGCUUUUUACUUUAUUUUUUUAAAUUGUCGGCUGGUCAUGGUUUUUGGCCUAAUUAAACCAUUACAUCGUAUUGUGCCCCAAUGCACUCCACUACACUAUUUUACUCUGUCUAAUGCCAGAUGAUUUUAUGCUUUAAGGGGGAGAGUACUGGCGCUCAAUAGACAAUUCCCAUUAUAGACUAAUUUUAAAACUAAGCAAGGAGAUGCAAAUAAAUCACCACAGCUAGAAAAAGCAUACUAAAAUUAGUAAAAUUACAAAAUUUGCUUGCGAAAUGUUGUAAAAUGUGGAAAAUAUAGCCUUGCAAAGUUUGCAAAUUUUGUAUACUUUUGUAUUGCGUGCGACAUUUUCGGCCUGAAUGUGGUAGAAAUUUCCGCAAGCAAUACAAAAGUAUACAAAAUUUGCGAACUUUGCAAGGCUAUACUUUCCUCAUUUUACAACAUUUCGCAACCAAACUUUGUAAUUUUACUAAUUUUUGUAUGCUCUUUCUAGCUGUGGUGUUAUUUAUUUGAGUUUCCUUACCUAAUUUUAAAAUUAGUCCAUAAUGGGAAUUGUCUAUUGGUUAAAUUUGUGAUAGUAUUUCAAAUGCUUUUAUUUUUUAAUUCAGAUUCCAUAUAUUGAAGCAAGUGCAAAAACGAGAACAAACGUUGAUGCUGCGUUUCACGACCUUGUCAGAGCGAUAAGGUAAAAUGCAAUCUUCAACAUUUCUCUACACCUCAUAGGAAAG